UAAUAGCCGGCCGGGUAUUUUAUUUUUUUCUAAAACUCACCAAUAACGAUUCGUAUACUACUUAAAACUGGAAAAAAGCAAUGCUAAAGCAGCUGAGCCGAAAGUGAAAGGAACAAACAUGAAUGAUGAAUUCUGUCCAAUGUAACCAAUGCAUAAUAUCAGGUUACUUUUCAGGAGACAGUUGCAGUCGGAAUAUUUUAAGGUCUUGUACUUUUUAUUUCUCAUUGAAAACAACUUUAGAUUCAACUUCAUUGUUAUUACAAAUUCAGCUUGCAUCUUUAACCAGGAGUGCAUUAAAUAGCAUAUAAAGUAUGCUGUAUACAGCGUGUUAAGUCACGGAAUGGUAUAAUAAAUGUAUCUGAUGGGCAGCAUUUUUACAACAGCCCUCGUUUUGUUAAGUGGAAAAUGUCGGUGCUGCUGGACUGCCUGCGAUGGUGGCCUAUUAAAUAAUAAAAUAAUAUAAAAAUAGUACAAUCUGUUAAGAUACAUUUUUUACAUUCAGAAUGUUAGCUCCAAUAGGCGCCAUCCCGCCCGCGACUCUGGGAGGGUAAGCAGGACGGAAAAUGGAUGGAUGGGUGUUUCAUGCUUACCUUGCCUUGUUAUAACAAAAGACGUAUUUGCGAUGGGCCAAGUUCUUCAUAAGAAAUACAUUUCCCAAAGUGCAACAGUGCAGCAAGGGGUGGGGCUUGUUAGGCGCGCGGUGACACAAAAAUAAUUUGAACGAAAAGAUGGCGGAAGAACCUUCGUCCACAGACCGAGACGGUUGCGAGUCUGGAGCCGCUGUGGAAACGACCAAUGAGGUCAAGCUGUCACCCAAACGGUGUUCGUCCUCCAGUGCCCCAGAUGGCGUCCCUCCACAAAAGUCACCUCGCAUUGAAAUGCUAUUAACCAGCACGCGGACACUCGAUGCCGGAGAAGAGCAUCCUGACAUGGACAGGCUGGAAAUGGCAUCUGGAAGCACGGCGGAACCUGAGACUUGUUCACCUGUAAACAGGACUGCACGGAGGAAAUCCUGGAGGAGAGCCACCAUGACAAGACGCUCCCUUUCCGCACUUCCCAACCCGCAUCAAACUUUGUGUAAGAGCAUCAGCACAUCCUUAUCACAACGAGAGAGGUUGAGUGUAUUGAUGGAGGCUGCGAUAAAGCUGGCCACGGAUAGACUUCAGAAUUCGCUCCAGUCAUUACCAAAUUCCUCAUCAGCGUCUUUUCAGAAACAAGUUGAGAAAAUGAAGAAAAAAUGCAGUUCUGUGGGCAAAUGCAUCAGCAGUGAGCAACAGAGUCAAAGGACUGCUGAGCCUGCAGUGCAGAAAGCUAUGGUGAUCCAAAAUACAAUUAACAGGAUUCAAGCUGAAAGUCAAUCAUGGGAAGCACUCUCUCACAAACACCGGAGUAAGGCAGAAGAUUUGGAAAGGAAACUGGCUGACGGCCAAAAGAAAGCCAUCUCAUUCGACCACACGUGUAUGGCCCAGUCUUCACAGUACCAGUUAAUUCGGAGUAAACCCGACUACCAUGCCCUCCUCCGUAGACAACAGUCCAUGUUGCACACUAUGACACUUGUUACGGACAUUCAGUAUAAGCUUGCUAGAGAGCUUCAGUCCAUCAAGGAGGUGUCACAGUCGAUGGUGAAAGAGAUCAGUGGCCGAUUGGCAGCUCAAGCAGGAUUUCAGGAUCAUUCUCCCAACAUCAUUAAGGACCUAAUUGUGGCACUUACUACAUCCGCAAGCACAGUCACAUUAAAUGGAGCCAAGGCCUCAAUUUGACUUUUUUUUUUUUUUUUGUAAUUGUAUAUGCAAGAAAAUGUCUUUUUUUUUGGUCAGCAUGUUUUAUUUUACUGUAUAAAGCUAAACUGUUAGGCUUGUACAUAUCAAGAGUAUUGUUGAUAGUUGAUGUAAUUCAUACAUGUGUCCAGCCGGUGGCAGUGGCUGUCUUGCAAAGUACUGUUCAAAGCAGGUCUCUGUUAUGCUUUUUAAUAAAUGCCUUUUCACCCUUUUAAAAAAGAGAAACGUCAAAGACUUGACUGUCAUGAAAACUUAAGACAGGUGAAAAUAAAGUAAAGUACACAAUAUUAGUGUUUUGUGAUCAUGUGUCCAUACAUUUUCAAGAAUUGCUGUAGUGUUGAGGAUAGCUAAAUUUUUUUUUUUGGGGGGGGGGGGGCUUUAACUACUUGUUAAUGUACAUUAAGGAUUAACACUGUGAGCACACAGUACACGGUGAAA